ACGGAGGCUGUCCGCCGCCCCGCCAUGGAGACCGCAAGGCAAGUGCUCUGUCUCUGUGCUUUCCUCUCCCUGCCGCACGCUCGCGCCGAGCCCAUCCGCUACUCCGUAGCCGAGGAGAGCGAGAGCGGCUCCGUGGUAGCCAACGUGGCGGAGGACGCGGGGCUGGCCCCGGCGCAGCUCUCGGCUCGCCGCGCCCGCCUGCUCUCGGAGGACGGCCGGCAGCACUUUCGCUUAGACCCGGGCAGCGGCCGCCUCGUCGUGGCCGAGAGGCUGGACCGCGAGGAGCUGUGCGGGCAGUCCGCUACCUGCACGCUGCCCUUCGAGCUCCUGCUGGCAAACCCCGUGCAGUUCUUUCGGGUGGAGGUGGCCGUGGAGGACAUCAAUGACCACGCGCCCGUUUUCCCGGAGGAACGGGUCACUCUUAAGAUACUGGAAACGAGCAGCCCUGGCUCUCGUUUUCCUCUGCAGGGGGCUCGCGACCUGGAUGUUGGCAGCAACAGCAUCCAGGCUUAUGGCAUCUCUCCCGAAAAUGAGUACUUUAGUGUUGACUUUGGGAGUCAGUCUCAGGACGCGAAAUAUAUUGAACUAGUCCUGGAAAAGCCACUCGAUAGAGAAGAACAGGCAGAGUUGGGUUUCAAUCUCAUUGCCGUGGAUGGGGGCUCUCCACCCAGGAGUGGGACCACCCAAAUCGACGUUGUCGUUCUAGAUGUAAAUGACAACGCUCCCACAUUCAUACAGAAGGUUUUCAUUGCACAGGUUUUGGAAAAUGCCCCAGAGUGUUCUGUUGUUCUCAGAGUAGCGGCAACAGAUCGUGAUAUAGGAGUUAAUGGGGACAUCUCCUACCAGUUCAGCCAAGCAGGAGACCAGAGCUACUCAGCUUUCGUGAUUGACCCCAUGAGUGGUGAAAUUAAACUCACAAAGCCUCUGGACUUUGAGGCAGCAGAGAAACAUGAGCUCAGUGUUCAAGCAACAGAUGGUGGGGGCCUCUCAGCAAUCUGCAGAGUGUUGGUGGAGGUGGUGGAUGUGAAUGACAAUGCACCAGAGGUGAUAAUCAGUUCCUUCAGCAGCCCCCUCCCUGAGGACACAUUGCCUGGGACAGUCGUUGCCCUGUUUACUGUCAGGGACCGAGAUGCUGGUGCCAAUGGGAAGAUCUCCUGUGCCCUUGAGGACCAGCUGUCAUUCUCCUUGCGGCCAGCCUAUAAGAAUUACUUUGAGCUGGUGACUGUGAGUGCAUUGGACAGGGAGGAGAUGGCACGGUACAUCCUGACAGUCACAGCAGCAGAUGCGGGAUCACCUCCUCUCACAACCACCCAGACCUUCACAGUGGACGUCUCUGAUGUGAAUGACAAUGCACCUGUGUUCAGCCAGACAUCAUACACCAUGUAUGUACGUGAGAACAAUGUUCCCACAGUGCUUGUUGGGACCGUCAUUGCUGGAGAUGCUGAUGUGGGGCUCAAUGGCAAGGUGACCUACUCCCUGGUCCCAGCCCACCUUACAGAGCAGCCUUCCUGCUCCUGCAUCUCUGUGAACUCUGAGAAUGGAGACGUGUUUGUGCUGCGGCCCCUGGACUAUGAGCAGGUGAAGCAGAUCGAGGUCUUGGUGCGUGCUUCUGAUGCAGGGUCACCUCCUCUUAGUGCUAGUGUUGCUGUCUACAUUUCUGUGGUUGAUGAGAACGACAAUGCCCCACUGGUGCUGUACCCCUCGCAGGACAGCAGCCCUGCAUCCAGUGAGCUGGUGCCCAUUUCAGCUGAGGCAGGCUACCUCAUCACUAAAGUGGUGGCCGUUGAUGCUGACUCAGGGCAGAACUCAUGGCUCUCGUACCACCUGCUGAAGGCCUCUGAUCCUGGGCUCUUUGCGGUGGGUGCCCAAAGUGGGGAGGUGCGACUGAGGAGAUCAGUGACAGAGAGAGACGCUGUGAAGCAGAAGCUCAUCAUACUGGUGCGAGACAAUGGGCAGCCACCACUGUCAGCCACUGUGGCACUGAGUGCCCUCCUGCUCAGUGACUUCUCGGACGUGCGCCUACCACACAGCAGCCUGUCCACAGAAGAGAAUGAAGGUGCCUCCUUGACAAUCUAUUUAAUAAUUUCCUUGGUCUUCGUCUCACUCCUCUUCCUGGUGUCCACAGCAGCCUUCGUCGUUCGCAAGGUGUGCAAGAGAAAGCAGAUGAAGGAUGGGCAUGUGCUUUAUGGUGCCAGCAACUUACAGAGCAGCCUGGCUGAUGCAGCUGCUGCAGGGACCCUGCCCCACGCCUAUUGCUACGAGAUCAACCUCACAACGGGCUCUGGCAACAGUGAGUUCAAGUUCCUGAAGCCCAUCCUCCCCAGCCUGCCACCACAGCUUCAUGCCACAGGUGGGGGUACCAACAAUGAGCAAGAUUUCCCCCGUGGCACUCUCACUGUGGAGGAUGUGGCACCAGACAGCCAUGGGGUGCGUUCUGCAGAACAGUUCAAUAGUCUGUCCUUUAACUAGCAUGGUGUUGGCACAGACGGAGGUUUAGUGUCUCAUGACUGUAAGGGAUCCCUGCUGUAUUUAGAGUUGGCAUCAGUGACUUCCCGUAAAAACAAAGUGACAGAAAAUACUGACUUCACCUGCUAAAAAAACCCAACCAACCAAACAAAAAAAAUUUACAAAUCCAACGAAAAAACCUAAAGCUCUCUCUUUCAGGGAACUGCAUGUUUCUGCUCUGUUACAGCCAUUUCUUAAAUGUUUUGAAAUUGAGAUUUGUUCCAGGAUCUUGGUUAAUUUUUUUGUCUCAGUUGCUGGCAGACAGGACUAUGGACCAAUUCCUUCUUGCUGUAACCGAAUAACACAGUCAGGCAGAUAAACUACAACCUCACUAAAGUGCGUGAGUCAUGAAAGCAAGGGCAUGGUGAGUACCGUGUAACAGUGUGGUGUGAGUAUGCAGCUCCUUCUCCUCUGGGUUCUGGUUGCCUCUGUCUGAGUUGGGUGGGCUCUGUGUGCUUUCUUCUGCUGGUCACGUUGUCUGUCUGUACCUCAGCUGAGUGCCUGCCUACGCUGCUCAAAGGCUAGACACCAAAUCAGGCAGUUGCACAUAUCCAGCCUUUGCACACCAUUCCAGCAAAGGAGAAGGAAAGUUGUUUUGACCUUUUGAUUACAGCAGUCUCAUUGUCCUUAAGGGAGAAUGAGGUCUUUCAUUUGCCCAUAAGGAGUGAUGGGAUGGGCUGUCUCCUUGGGAUGCAGGCAGCAUCACAAAUGGUAUUUGGAUAAAUUGCAAUGGACCAGACCAGACUAGAAAUAUUUCAUUUUGAAGGCAGCUACAGUGAUCAUCUGGUCCAACUGCCUGACCCCUCAGGGCUUACUGGAAGUUAAAGCAUGUUUCUAAGGACAUUGUACAAUGCCUGUUAAACACUGGCAGGCUUGGGUCAUCAACCACUUCCCUAGGAAGCCUGUUGCAGUGUUUGGCCACUCUUUCAGGAAAUAAAUGCUUCCUAGUAUCAAGUCUGUUUCUCCAGUGGUGUGGCUAUGAACCUUACCCACUAUUACUGGAUAUAAGGGAGAAGAGUUCAUUGCCUUCCUGUCUACCUCCCCUUUUUAUGAAGCUGACCCUCACAUGCUGUUUAAAUUGUGGCAUCCAGCAGAGCACACAGUAGUCA